UGGUGUCGCGAGGCUGUUUUCGGAACUACGUGAUACCACUAAAAUCGGCACAGACAGAAAGAAAAUAUGACAGAAAAUAUCAUUCAAUAGUGCGUCAACGUGUGCACGUUACUCGAAUAUUUUACGAUGAUCUUGUUCUGUCGCAAGUAAACGGCAUGUGUUAUAUGUCCAGUCGGAUUAUUCGCUAUUGAAAAUUAUUCCGAGACAAAACGUGAUCUACCGUCCGCUGUCAUUUCCGACAAAUUUCGUUUAGGAGAAACGCGCGAGGCUCGGCGAAUCCACUACCAGCAGAAGAUGCGAGCCGUGCAGAAUGGAGCGAGGUGUGGGAGAGACAAAUCUGUUGUCGAGUUGCGGGGAACCCGCGAAUGGAUGGUUAGAGAGAGAUGUGGACGAUCAACGGCAAAACCCAGACGCAUUCUACAAAUGUGUCGCUAACGAUACAGACGAUUUAAACAAAUUAUCAACAAAUGCAAAAUGGUGGAGAGAUACCAGUACUGAUGGAGAUUUGAUAAUGAAGUCUGAGGCUGGACUUGUGGAAAUCUAUUCAUUAAUAAGACACACGGAUUUGCAGUCAACAGGUAUGUCACAAAAUCUACGGUCAUUAAGUAAUGAAGAUGAUGCAAAAAAUUUGAUCAAACUUAAACAAAACAAUGAUGUAAAAUCGUCGAAAGAACUUAAAGAAAUUGUGAAACGUACAAAGCAACCUGAAAACUGGAAAGUGAAUGUAAAAAAAAAUGCUAGAUUAAAAGGCGAAGAAUACAUUGGUGUCGGAGGCAAAAUAGUGCCAGCUAAAAAGAUGGGACGUCCUUGUGUUUGUCGAAUGCAUUGUGCGGACAAGAUAGAUGAAAAAGAACGCGAAGAGUUGCAUAAGGUUUUCUGGAAAACCUGCACAUGGCAACAGCGAAAGCAGUAUAUCGCGCUGUCCGUCAAAGAAUCUCCAAAACAACGCACUCGUUUACGCAACAACGUUCAAUCGGAACGUUCCUCGCCAAGACGUCGGCAGGUGACUUUCACUUAUUCUCUCUUAUUGAAGAAUGAAUUCAUCACUGUGUGCAAGUCGAUGUUUCUCAGUACAUUUGCGGUGUCAGAGAAAUUUGUACGACAUGUAAUGGAGAAAAAACGAAUAUCACCGGGUGGUAUCAUCGGGCCGGACCAAAGAGGUAGACACGCUCCAAAAACUAAAAAGAGUGAAGACGUGAAGGAGCGUGUGCGCGAACACAUCAGAUCGUUUCCAGUAGAGAAACCAACGGAUUCUAAGGAUCUCAGUGGUAAAUGUUACUUAGAUUCGAAUCUAAAUAUAGCUACGAUGCAUAAAUCAUAUGUGUCAAAGUGCAAACAGGAGGGUAUACCUGAAAGUGAUAUAGUAAAGGAAAGUUAUUAUAGAGAUAUGUUUAAAACUGAAUUUAAUCUUGGAUUUAAACGUGUGCAAACGAAGGAAAAGAAACUAUUGUCGAACGUUAGUUGAGAUAAAGGAGAAUGUCAGAAAUAGAUUUAUUAUUUCUACACUAAAUUGUAGUAACAUUUUCACAUAUUUGUGCCCGAUAGUUAGCAGAGACAUUUACAAAUUUAUUCAUUUAUUUAGAAAUUUAUUACAUUAUUACAUUGACAUUAUUUGGUAUUAAAAAGCGCUAAUUAAAUGAGAUAAUGUACAUAUGUGUAUAAUAUAUGUAUAAUAUAUGUAUAUGUAUAUUCGUUUUUCUAUACAAUUGAAUUUUAUUUUUUAAUAACUCGUGUUAUAAUUAUUGUAAAAAUUAUUAAAAGAAUAAACAGAUUUACAUACUUCACAUAA